CACUAGCGAGAAACACCUCCGUCUGUCAAACUCGAGCAGACGACACCAAAAAAUCGAGCAGGCGAUUCCGUAGCUAGACUAGACACAAAUAAAUAACAACAAAAUUUGAGUGGAGGGUUUAAAAAGAGCACGAGAAAGGGAGCAGAUGUCAUUAAAUUACAAGCGACAUCAUUAAGUUGAGAUAAGGGUAUUCACAGCUCGAGUCAAAGACGCCACAAACUUCUGCAGAUGCGUUCAAGAACAGUCGGAAAACACCAUUAAGUAACUAGAGUAGAAGACUUUAAAAAAUUGAGCAAACGACAUCAAAAAAAUAAAGCAGACGACAUCUUAAACUUCAACAGACAACUUUAGUCAAAAUGGAGCAAAAAUUGCUUAUUUUUCUCAUGACGGCAGUGUUAUUAUUAUUAUUACCACAGCAGAAGACAGUUUCAGCAUUGCCGAUGGAUAUUAUGGAGCAGCCACAAGACGACAUUUCUGAGGAAGAACUGGAACGAUUGAGAAACUGCAAAAUCGAUAUGUGUUUCGCAGUGGAUUCGUCUCGCAGUCUGGGCGUGCCUGGACUACAAGAUGAGAUCAACUUCGCCAAAAUGGUCAUCGACCAAAUAGGGGGCUUCGGAGAGGCGGUGGAUGCGCGUUACGCCACCGUCGUCUUCUCCACCAACGUGUCGGUCCACUUCGACUUUAACGUCAACCAAAGCGUCCCAGAGUUGCGCAAGCGACUGGAUGCCCUGCCGUUCUUCAGGGGCCGUACCAAUAUCCCCGACGCCAUGAUGGCCUGCUGGGACUUAUUAACGAACCCUCUGAAAGGGUCCAGAGAAGACGGUUUUGCUAAUGCCAACAGUACGCUCUUUAAAGUAGCCCUUGUGCUGACCGAUGGAGUUUCUAACGAAGGGAAUGUGUCCAUCGUCACAGCCGCAAACUACAUGAGAGCGGACAAUAUCCAGAACAUAGCUGUUGGUGCCGGGGGCGGUGUCAUCAGAUCCCAACUCCUUGAGAUCACUGACGGUGAUGAAAGAUACGUCUUCCAGGUCCAAGACUUGGGCAGCUUGAGUGAGAUUGUCGGGGAUAUUGGACUGACUGCCUGUCAAGUUGUAAGUACCACUACGACUACUACGACCACGACUACAACUACCACUCCAACUACUACAACAACACCUACAACCACGACCACGCCUACAACAACCACGACCACACCCACUACAACCACGACCACGCCUACUACAACCACGACCACACCCACUACAACCACAACCACGCCUACCACAACUACAACAACUCCAACGACGACAACUACCACGCCUACAACAACUACGACUACGCCCACUACAACCACGACCACGCCUACUACAACUACGACAACUCCAACGACGACAACGACCACACCCACGACUACCCCUACCACACCAGAAGUAUGUGAGUGGACGAGAUGGUCAGACUGUGACACCACGUGCGGAUAUGGUAUACAGUCCAGGACAUACGAGUGCUGCAGCACGUGCGAGCCAAGGAUAGAAGUGAAGUCCUGUAAACUGACAGAGUGCCCUAUUCCAUCGAUUGACGGUGGAUGGAGUCCGUGGUCAGAAUUCAGCGAGUGCACGAAGACAUGUGGAGGGGGAGUUCAAGUCAGGUCAAGGUCUUGUAGUAACCCUGCGCCAUCUGGUGGCGGCAAAGCGUGUCCUGACGUUGGUUAUGAACUCAAUCCAUGUAACAAACAGGAAUGCCCAGUAAAUGGGAAUUGGGGCGAAUGGUCAUGCUGUUGGACAGAGUGCAGCGCCACCUGUGGUUCGGGAACGCGAUCACGCAGACGACAGUGCAACAAUCCAGCACCAUCUGGUGGAGGAAGUGAUUGUGUUGGUUCAGAUGUUAUGACAGAGACAUGCAACGAGAUGUCUUGUGGUGUGGACGGCGGAUGGUCAACAUGGGGUCAGUGGUCAAGUUGUCACCAAGGAACAUGUGCCAAGACGCGCAAGCGCGCGUGCAAUAACCCAGCGCCAUCUAACGACGGAAAGCCGUGUCCCGGUGUCAGUUGGCAAUUCAAAUAUUGCCACGCGUUGUGUUGUAUGGGAGGUGUCGAAUAUCACACCAGAUAUGAUAUACAUUGCUAAGCGGAAAUGUGGCAGCAAUACAUAUGUUCCACUUUGGGGAUUACGACGCGAUUCUGAAAAAAAAUCACAUCAUGAUUAUGGACUUUUCAGUGCAAAAGAAUGAAAAUAUUUUAUGCGGUGUGGUUUGUUAUUUUUACUGCAAGAGGAGUAUAGGAUCUCCUGUUUAGCUGACUUUCUUUAUAUCUUUCUUCUGGAACCAAUCCGUAUGAUGUAAUGCAAUGGUUCAAUUAAAUAUUUAUAGACUUUUAAUCUUGAACCAGCAAGAACACCUAAAUAAUUAGUACAGCUACCUGUUAUAACUGUGGAUUUUUCAUUGUCAUUUAUUGAACAAAACAGUGCAAAAAAGAGCAUUAAAUCAAGCAAAUUAUCCGUUUUUGUGAUUCUGUAUAUUUGUAAAAACGUUUCCUUUUAAUAAAAUUGGUUAUUU